GCAAUCGUGGCCAUAUACAGCUAGCUGCCUGCCUGCACCCCGGAAUCACAAUCCAAACCCAGUACAACCUCACAGACGACCAUCGACACAGAAAUGACUGUCCACGUCACUUCAGCAGCGCAAUGGCGCCAGAUACUCAGCUCCUCCAGCGUUGUAAUUACAGACUUCUACGCUGACUGGUGCGGCCCAUGCAAGAUGAUUGCGCCGACUUUCGAAUCGCUCUCGACAAAAUACUCCAAGCCGAACAGGAUCACAUUCUGUAAAGUCGACGUCGACAGCCAGCGCGAGAUCGCUCAGCAGUAUGGCGUCAGCGCCAUGCCCACCUUCCUCAUCCUGAAGAGCGGAUCCGUCGUCGAAACCAUCAAGGGUGCCAACCCUCCCGCAUUGACGGCCGCAGUUGAGAGGGCAGUCAAGCUGGCCGGUCCGGGUACCGGCGGGGGUGCCGCUUUCUCCGGUGGCGGCCAGAGGCUGGGUGGCGGAGGUGGAUCUGGCACAACGUCCGGCCCGCGACAGUUGCGACGACCAGCAAACUGGGACUUGAACAGCAUCAUCAACUCGAUCAUUGUGUUCUUCGGUCUAUACUUUGUAUCGCUAUUCUCUUUCGAUCCAUACAAAGCCGCCGAGUCCUCAAAAUACAACAUCAAGAACCCUCCGGCCCGUACUGCCAACGCUAAGCCGGCAGGUCCAGCGGGUGGUAGACCAGGUGCGCAAAAGCCAGUUUUUCGCACACUGGCUGAUGUGUCGUUACUCUUCUCAUUCCCCCACCCAAAACCGCAUGUGGGAGUUGCAGUAGAGAUGCUUUCGGCUAGCAGAGUAAGAGGACCCUGCUCCAAAUGCAGGCAGGACCUGCUUCACCUCUUUGAAUAUGGAUUCACAGGUCCUCUAGCUGCACGCAGAGCUCCAAGCUCAAUGCGCACCGCGUCGCUUCGACAAUACCACGCGACUAGAACUAGAAUUACCUCCAGCCAGCACAGAAGCUUGUCAACGACGAGGAUUUUGAACCAGACACCGCCAGAAACCCCAGCGUCUUCCCAGGGCACCUCGCAAUCACCGACCGAACAAGCAGCCCCUGCGGACGCCCAUGAGACGACUUCAGAAGCUGCACCGCUCGAGUAUCCUACACGACCCGAAGGGGAGGCAACGCCAGAGGAGAUUGAGAAAUUCGUGCGCGAGACCAAGGACACCUUUGGAGAUACUCUCCCGCUCCACUUCCUCUACGAGGAGGAGUACCAGGUGUACGAGCGACUCUUUGGACCCCCGUUGCGCGCGACCGAGCCAGAGGACAUCGGAAUUGGCAGCAUUGCCGUAGAAGAUGGCAUCGAGUCUGACGGCGCAUCAGGGCAUGGAGGCCCUACGCUUCUUAGAGAGGACGGCCAAGGAGGACUUGAAGAGGUUGAAUACACCCCGGCUCUCAAGACCCGCGAGGCUGCAGAUGGGGAAGCAGUCGAAGAGGCUGAUGUCGACCUCGAUCUCGAGGCCCUCAACAAGGACCCACGCAUUAAGUAUCUUCAGGGUGUGGCAAAGAAUCAGCGUCAAUAUGAGGCUCUUCUCCAACUCCAGGCCGAUUUCGAGGCAGCCAGCCUUCAGUCGCUGAUGGACCAGGAGGCUCAAAUAGCCGCUGCGGAAGCUGAAGUGGCUCAGGCAGAGCAGCCCGAGGACGGUGCAGCGGCCGAGCAGGAGGCGAAGGAAUCUUCAUGGGACGUUCAAGAAGGGGAGCAGCUGGAUGCGGCUGCCUACAAGGCUCGCGAGAUGGACGAUUGGGAUGUGGCACAGAGAGAAACCGAUCGUCUCCAUGAGCUGACCCUUGAGGGGCAAUCCAGGACCAACCCGAGCACUAUCUUCAUCCCGAAGGAAAGCAUUAUUGAGCCCAUUACAAAGCUCCUGAAGAGGACGGAUCCGAAACACGUCAAGGAGGCAGCAGAGAAUGUGUUUGGUGGCCCGGGGUUGCCUUUCUCGGCGCGUACACCGUACAACAUGAGGAAUGCAAAGCAGGUCGGAGUCGCGCUGCGGGCUACCGACCACCGCAUGUCCGAGAUCGAAGCCGAUGCUUACAUGGCAACAGUCAUACCAACUACUUACUCUACGAUAACUAGUAUACUAUCGGAAGUUCGCAAGAGGUUGGGUACCGAGUGGCUCCGCGGACUGAUGCAAAAGAACGAGGGCAAGGGUCCACGAGUGCUGGAUGUGGGCGCAGCCGGGGCGGGCCUGCUUGCCUGGCAGCACGUUGUCGAGGCGGAGUGUGAGGUUAUGAGGUCGCAGGGCAUGUGGAACAGUCUCGACACUCCCAUCGGGAAGAGAACGGCGCUCGUUGGCAGCAACUUCCUGAGGCAUCGCGUGUCCGAGUUGUUGGAGAACACAACCUUCAUUCCCCGUUUGCCUGAUUACCUUCACUCGGCCGUGAACGUCUCCAGACACAUUGACGCGCCUGCUGACCCCAAGGAGAGAAAGACAUACGACGUUAUCAUCAUGUCCCACAUAUUGAUGCCGCUUGACAAGCAGUUCAAGCGUGAGGCCCUGCUCGACAAUCUCUGGUCCCAGCUGAACCCCGACGGCGGUAUUCUGAUUGUCAUGGAGAAAGGGCAUCCGCGUGGCUUCGAGGCUGUGGCGGAUGUACGUAUGCGUCUUUUGGACGAGUUCAUCGUUCCUCCAGGCUCAACAUUCUCUAGCAAGGCCACCGGUGCGGAUGUGGAGGACCAUAUUCAAACCAAGGAGUCGAAGGAGAGGGUGCGUGAGCAUGGUAUGAUCAUCGCGCCAUGCACUAACCACAAGACCUGCCCUAUGUACCAAACGCCCGGCUUCACCUUUGGCCGCAGAGACUUCUGCCACUUCUCGCAACGCUUCAUCCGCCCGCCCUUCUUCCAAAAGGUCCUUGGUGGGGUCCACCAGAACCACGAGGAUGUCGACUUCAGCUAUCUCGCCGUGCGUCGCGGCGGUGGUCAGUCUGCUGAGUCGUCGUCUACGGUAGCCAUCACCGGCGGCGACAUGGACACCAACACCAGAAAGUCGCCUCCUAGCGGCCCGUGGCAGGGCAAAGAGGCGACCGAUCGUGCGUUUGAGGGCUACGGCAAGAAGGGCGAGGCACCACCGUCGAUGCUGUCCCUCCCGCGCAACAUCCUCCCGCCGCUGAAGCGGACAGGUCACGUUGUCAUGGACGUGUGCACCCCUGACGGCAACAUCGAGCGCUGGACAGUGCCCAAGUCGCACGGCAGGCAGGCGUACCACGAUGCGCGCAAGGCCCGAUGGGGUGAUCUGUGGGCGCUCGGCGCAAAGCAGCGCGAGCCCCGCAAGGUCAGGUUGGGGAAGCCCGGAACCGAAGUGCUCAACGACCGCGCCAACCCGCUCGGUGGCAAGGGCGACGGCGGCGUGCGGGCGCGUCGGGCGCUGGCACAGGCGCAGGCCAGGAGCCAGCUCGACAAGAUCAACCUCGACGUGAGCCAGACGGGCAACAUCGAGGGCGCGUCCAACAAGGCGCGGCAGCACCAGGUCGAGAGGAGAACCAAGAAGGGCAGGCUGCCGCCGAAGCAGUCGGAGCUGGAUAGGCUGAAGAAGGAAAGCAACGAGGAUGAGUUUGACGACGAUGAGGACAUGGAUCCCGAGGUGGCCAAGGCGCUUCGUGAGUUUGAGAAGAACGGUAGGCGGUGA